AUGACCACAAGUGCGUGCUCUGGGACUAUCAUUCUUCUCAAUAUUCUGGAAAUGGGAAGUGAAGAAGAAAAGUGGGAGAAGCUGGAUGCAGAAUUUGAUCAUUUUGUUGUUGACAUGAAGCCCUUUGUUCUAAAGUUAUCCCACAGGUCAGAACGUCAGAGGUGUGCUCUUUGGAUUAAAAAACUGUGCGAGCCUUCAGGCACAGGUAUAGGAAUAAUGGGCCGGAAGAAUCGGAACCUCUAUGCAAAAUUGUUACUGCACAUGCUCAAGCGAGGAGUGCUCGAAGGCCCCUUCGCACAUCGGCCCCAGCCAGGGACGCUCAGAACUUUACCCUCCUACAUGUCCAUCUAUUUUGAUGAGCCGAAUUCUGCACAAAAAAAAUGUCCAAGUCCAGAGGGAUUACCGGACUGGGUCAUGGGUGAGCUGGGCACAAGUGACCACAAAUCAGAUGAAUCAUGGAAACUGUCUUCUGGAGAGGCCAGUGCUUUGGUGCAGUCGCCGCCAGCUGAAGGCCACAGGCAAAUGGAGGCCAAUUGUUGGACCUUGGAUGACCGCUUACAAGCUUUUAAGACCAGAAGAGCACUUCUUCGGCUGGUAUACCAGGCUGCCUCCUCCCGCGCUGUGUUGUUGGAAGUUCAUUUGAAAAAAUCUUCUAUUUCUUUGGAUGACAAUGACAUUGAAGCUCGCCUUAAUAGUUGGAAUCUUGGGAUAGAAAAUCCUCGCUACCUGAGACAGAAGCCUGUUCCAGUUUCUCUGAUGACACCCAAAUUCAGCCUAAGAAAAUCCAGCAGUUUUUCCAGCAGUUUGCAUGAUGAUCAUAUACUUUCUCGAAUGCAUGAGAAAGAGUUGGAUAUGAAGACAAAAUUAGUGGAAGCUAAAUUUCAUGAGGAGAAGUUGAAGCUACAGCAGAAGCAUGACGCUGAUGUGCAGAAGAUUUUAGACAGAAAGAAUCAUGAACUAGAAGAAUUGAAGUCUUUAUACAAGCAAAAACAGAACGAAACUGAGGAGACUAUUAGGAAACUUGAAAAGAAAGUUCAGACCCUUAUACGUGAUUGCCAGGUUAUCAGAGAGACUAAAGAAAACCAGAUUACAGAGCUGAAAAGAAUGUGUGAACAAAGUGCAGAAUCCCUGAAUAAUGAUUGGGAGAAAAAGCUUCACAGUGCGGUAGCAGAAAUGGAAAAGGAAAAGUUUGAUCUUCAGAAGAAGCACACAGAAAAUAUUCAAGAAUUGCUUGAGGACACAAAUGUACGUCUGAACAAGAUGGAAAAUGAAUACAUUGCACAAACACAGGCCACAAACCAGAUGGUCAAAGAGUUGGAGGCCCGAGUCCAGCAACUGACUGGAGAAGUAGAGAACAGUAAUUUACAGAGACAGAAAUUAAUUCAGGAGAAAAUAGAACUUGAGAGAUGUUACCAGAUAACGUGCAGUGAAUUACAAGAAGUCAAGUCGAGGCGUAACACACUGCAUAAAGAGAAGGAGCGUCUUAUAAAUGAUUAUGAACAAAACAUGAAGCUGUUACAAACCAAAUUUGAUGCUGAUAUAAACCUUCUGAAGCAGGAGCAAGCUCUUUCAGCUUCAAAGGCAUCUGCUUUGAUUCAAGAAUUAGAAAAGACUGUCUCUUUAUUAAAAGAGCAAUUACAGGAUUCGGAAUAUCAAAGAAUGCAGCAACUAAAGGAUCAAGAAGAUAAAUUUCAAAUGGAGAAAAAGAAUUUAAAACAUACCUGUGAAAAAAAGGUUCGUGACUUGGAGGACGAACUUGACAAAGAGAAAGAAGAUGCUCAAAAGAAAAUUCGAAAAUUUGAGGAGGCUUUGAAGGAGAAGGAGGAACAGCUCGCUCGCGUCACUGAAGUACAGAGGCUGCAGGCCCAACAGGCAGAUGCUGCGCUGGAAGAGUUUAAGCGGCAGGUGGAGCUGAACUCGGAGAAGGUCUACGCAGAAAUGAAAGAGCAGAUGGAGAAAGUAGAAGCCGAUCUGAGUAGAUCUAAGUCUCUUCGUGAGAAACAGUCAAAAGACUUUCUCUGGCAGUUGGAUGACGUCAAAAAACGAUAUGAACAGCAGAUAGUAGAGCUGAAGCUGGUGCAUGAACAGGAGAAGACGCACCUAUUACAGCAGCAUAACGCAGAGAGGGACAGCCUAGUCCGAGACCAUGAUCGGGAAAUGGAAAACCUGGAAAAACAGCUUCGCGCUGCCAACAUGGAGCACGAAAAUCAAAUUCAAGAGUUCAAGAAACGAGAUGCACAGGUCAUUGCUGACAUGGAGAACCAAAUGCACAAGCUGAGAGAAGAGCUGAUUAAUGUCAACUCGCAGAGGAAACAGCAGCUCGUGGAGCUUGGUCUCCUUCGAGAAGAGGAGAAGCAGAGAGCUGCGAGAGACCACGAGACCACUGUGAACAAACUGAAAGCCGAGUCCGAGAAGAUGAAGAUAGAGCUGAAGAAGACUCAUGCUGCUGAGACGGAGUUGACACUGGAAAAGGCCAACAGCAAACUGAAGCAGAUUGAGAAGGAAUACACGCAGAAGCUUGCCAAAUCUACCCAGAUCAUAGCCGAACUUCAGGCAACCGUUUCCGCUCUGAAAGAAGAGAACAGCCGGCAGCAGCUUGCUACAGAAAGGCGGCUCCAGGAUGUUACACAGAAGUUUGAAGAUGAGAAGAAGCAGCUGAUUAGAGAUAAUGACCGAGCAAUCAAGGCUCUGCAGGAUGAAUUGGAUGCCCGGUCCAAUCAGGUGCGAAAUGCAGAAAAGAAGCUGCAGCACCGGGAACUGGAGUCACAGGAGCAGAUAACUUACAUCCGACAAGAAUAUGAAAUGAAAUUCAAGGGGUUGAUGCCAGCAUCUCUAAGACAAGAACUGGAAGACACUAUUUCCUCCCUGAAGUCUCAGGUGAACUUUCUGCAGAAGAGAGCCUCCGUCCUUCAGGAAGAGCUGACCACAUACCAAAGCAGAAGGGCGUAUGGUUUUAGUUUGGGAUCUUCACAAAAGCAGCUCAUCACAUCCAUCUGCAGAAUUGCUGGUGGGUUCAUGCAGCCCGGCGUUUUAGCCCGUGUUACCAGGGCUGCUUCCCUUGAAUUGGAGCAAGACUUUGACCUUGGCAGACCUGUUAAACCUGCCGGAAGUGGUAACUGA